AUGGCCCUCGAAGGAGCAUACUUUGAGCACACGGAUGGAUUGUACGAGGCGGCGGUGAAACGGAAAGCCCCUAGAUCGGUGGAUCCUAAGCGUUUGGAGAAAAGAGUUAGGUUCAUCCUACUGGAAGUGAUCCCUUUGCUGGUAAAGCUAGUGAUAAUAUCGAUUCCGAGUCUAUUACGUGACUUGAUCACGGCAAUUUUACCGGCGCGACAAAAAUCUUUAACGAAUCAAGUGGCACUAGUGACGGGCGGGGCAAACGGUCUCGGACGAGCUCUGUGCUUACGAUUGGCCCAGGAAGGAUGUGCCGUUGCAGUGGCGGAUAUUGAUCUAGUGGGUGCAAAGAGCACUGCCGAAGAAAUUCGUCAACGUUUCGGCAAACCGGUCGAUGCGUUUCGCGUUGAUGUAAGUGAUUACGCUUCGGUGCAGCAACUGCGCAAAGAUGUGGAAUGCUCCUUGGGACCGGUGGACAUCCUGGUCAACAAUGCAGGCCUGCUGGCGAUGCUGUCGCUUUCCGAAGGAAAGCCUGAAGACGUCCGGAGAAUAGUUGAUGUCAACCUGAUGGCACAUUUUUGGACGAUACGCGAGUUCAAGGAGGGAAUGGUCGAACGUCGACGAGGACACAUCGUUGCGAUCAGCUCGAUGUUUGGAAUUGUACCUUGCGGAAGAACGAUAAGCUACACCACAACGAAGUUCGGAGUUCGAGGUCUGAUGGCAGCACUGAGGGAGGAGAUCUUCAUGGACAAUUUAUCCGAUUGCAUUCAUACGACCUGCGCUUACCCGGCCGGAGUCGCCACCCGCAAGCAGUUCGUGGACUUCGUGCAGAGUUUAAGUAAAAUCAAGCUGCCGUGGAACUCUCCGGAAACCGUAGCCAACAUGAUCGUGGAUGCCGUUCGAGCUAACAAGUCGGAAAUAGUACCAAGCCAUUUAAUCAUGAGAUUUUUGGCCACAAUUUUCCCCCUCAUUCCAACGACACUCGUUCGCUGUACGACAGAAGUAUGCUUGGGAACUAUUCCAAAACUCACAAAAUAGACCAAAAGUCGUGACCUGAGGAAGUCGGUAACACCUCUACUUUUUCUACGUCCGCGGCGGUUCCACUAUUAUUUCGUUCCCAAGUUUGCAUUUCCGCAACAAUCAUACGGUAUGAAUAAUGAUCAAGUUGCGUGACAGGUGGAUGUGUUGCAUUACUACAUUUGAUUGUACGGUUAACUAACCAUUAUCUCAACGCUGCCGGCGUAAAGUGGAUUAUCAUCUGUGCAUUAGAAUGUUAUUUAAUGCCAGCUGAACGGUGUGCGUUUCUAAAAAAUUCAAAGUAAGU